GGGAAUUGUCUUUUCCUUUUGCUUAUUUUUUUUUCCUGACAGUUCUAUUGUUAAUAAAUAGAAAAAAUUAUAAAACAAAUGAAACAAAAACUGAAGUUAACAGAGGAAUUGUGAAGUUGUUCUAUAACUACCCCAAUAUUAUUAUAAGAAUGCUGAUAAUUACUGGCAUUUUUAAGAAGUAGACUUUAGAAAACUCAAAAAUACCAAGUUUAGCCACUCAACUCAUAGAGUAACUAUAAAAUAUUGAUGUUGGAAAAGUAUUGGAUUAAUAAACUAAUGGUGAGGGUACCUUUUUAAAGAAACAAACAGGUAAGCAUAAAAGAAUCAAUUAAAGUUUAAUUCUAUUCUUUAAGUCUUAAUUACUUCUCAUAAAACACUUCUCAAAAAGGACGAAGAGAUGCUUAACUACUGAAAAUUACAACAUUAAAUAUAUUUUAAGUGCUUUAUAGAAAAAGAAAUACUCAAUGUAAAUACUGACAUUUUAAAUACCUAUCUUAUAUCAAUGCAAUAUUUACAAUUAGCCUGCAAAAAAUUUAUCUAGAAUGAAAAGAUAAAUAUGGUAGCAAAGGACUUAAGUUAGUACUUUGGUGUGCCACAAGUAAAUGAUUAUAUUCUGAGAAGCUUCCUCAUUUUUAACUACUUGUACAUCAGUAGAAAAUAAGGAUUAAGUCAAAAAGAGGAUAGGAAGUAAUACUAGAAUACCUGAUAUUAUAAAUUAUUAAGAGUUCUGACUAUUAGAAGGUAUUACUGCCAUGUACUACCAUUUAAAGUGAAGAGAUUUUGGAAGAAAAACAAAAACUAUAAUCAACAGAAAAACUCUGAAAGAAAUUUUAAAAUGAACAACCUUCAAGAAGUUAAAGGCGGCUGCAGUGGACCGUGGGCAGCCAGGGUCGGUGAAGAAUCCCAACAUGGCUGGGCGAAAACUUGCUCUAAAAACCACUGACCGAGUAGCUUUUGCAGAGAUCAUACCCCAGAACCAAAAGGCCAUUGCUAGUUUCCUGAAAUCCUGGAAUGAGACUCUCACCUCCAGGUUGGCUGCUUUACCUGAGAAUCCACCAGCUAUCGACUGGGCUUACUACAAGACCAAUGUGGCCAAGGCCGGUUUGGUGGAUGACUUUAAGAAGUUUAAUGCCCUGAAGGAUCCCGUGCCAGAGGAUAAAUAUACUGCACAGGUGGAUGCCGAAGAAAAAGAAGAUGUGAAAUCUUGUGCUGAGUGGGUGUCUCUCUCAAAGGCCAGGAUUGUAGAAUAUGAGAAACAGAUGGAGAAGAUGAAGAACUUAAUUCCAUUUGAUCAGAUGACCACUGAGGACUUGAACGAAGCUUUCCCAGAAGCCAAAUUAGACGAGAAAAAGUAUCCUUAUUGGCCUCACCAACUAAUCGAGAAUUUAUAAAAUUGAGUCCAGGAGGAAGUUCUGGCCCUUGUAUUACACAUUCUGGACAUUAAAAAUAAUAAUUAUACA